ACAUGUCAUACUCUGUUAACGCUUGGCUCCUUGUGUUAGGUUGUGUGACGGUCUGGUACUGCCAGGCAGUAGAUCACAGCACUGAUUUAGAAUGGAAACUAUGGACACGGCGGUUCGACAAAAGCUAUGCUACCCAAGCAGAAGAAUCACUGAGGAAAACGACAUGGUUGCACAACCGCGCGUUAGUUUUGGAGCACAACAAUCGGCCUGGGGUCACAUUCCGAAUGGGCCUUAACAGUUUAGCCGAUCAGUCCGCGGCCAACCGGUCUAGGAUUCAGUUACCAUGGGCCAGGGACAACCGAAUACCCAUCUCUGGCAGAAAUUCCCAUGCCCCAGCCGAGUUCGACUGGCGGAAGAAAGGGGUGGUUUUGCCGGUGAUCGAUCAGGGACAAAUCGGUUCAGUGCUUGCCUACGUCACAAGAGAUGCUGUGUCGAGUUAUGGGGCCAUCCACAUGGGAUCAUUGUUCAACCUUAGCGUCAGGAGGUCGCUGACUGCUGCGGAAACUGCCAUGCUAGGACCAGUAUUUGAAUGUGUCCAUAAAAUUGGGGGACUGUGUUUGGCACAGGAUUAUAACACGUCAGAUUGUCAACGUCCCACCUGUAAACAAGUCGGACAGGUGGAUGGGGGCCGGACCGUAACAAGCGGAGACGAAGCUGACCUACAGAUGGCUGUUCUCAAGACCCCGGUGUUAGUGGCGAUAGACGCGAGCCAAGUCUCCUUUCAGAUGUAUCAAGCUGGUAUUUACGACGAUCCGAACUGUAGCCCUACACGGCUAGACCACGCCUUACUUCUCGUGGGAUACGGGAAAGACAGUUCUGGCAAUGAGUAUUGGAUUUGUAAGAACAGCUGGGGGAAAGCGUGGGGAAUGCAAGGCUACGUGUACAUGUCCAGAAACAAGAGGAACCAGUGUGGAAUAGCCUCAGCGGCUACGUACCCUGUGUAGGCAGCCAAGCUAAAUACUUCACCUCGAAAUGUUAAAUCUGUGACAUACGA